UCCAGGAGGUGCUAUGGAGGAGGCAGAUCCCCACCCCAUACUGUCUCCAUCCAUCCCCGUCUCCCCACUGCAGGUUGAUCUAGUGACAGACACAGCCAUGGCUGUGAGGGGACCCCACCCUGCGCUCCUGCUGCCCCUUGUCCUGCUGAUAGCCUGCCUGGCUUUGGACAGUGGGCGGUCAUGUACCCCACGAUUCAAAACAUUCUUGUGGGAGCAUGUGGACUAUCUACGGACCUCAUUCUCCAAGCACAAUGCCUACUGCACAUCGAGGAUGCUCAGAUUGAAUUUAUUCAAGAAGCCCCUCAACACCUUCAUCCAUAUACCCAUCGAAGCUAUCAAGAGCGUCUGCCGUGUGCACGGGACACACUUCCCUCCUGACCUACGCAAGAGCAAAUAUUUCUUCGCAGUCACCACCUGCAGAUAUAACAAGCUUCUUUAUGGCCUGCACUUGUACAAUGGGACAUUCUAUCGCCGGCAAAUUGUCAUCCGCUGCUGCCAUGCGUUCCCUGUUUACUAUCAUGAGUAGAUGUAGGGCCCAGGCUGGGCGUGGAGGGCAGGUUGGGGACACUGCUUCUUCCUCUAACCCCCUCUCCCACACCGCUAUGGCACCUGGCGCCUCAGCCACCUCCGAACACCCACCCAUUACCCACCCCCACCCUCUCCUGUCCCUCGUGCCCAUCCCCUAUCCUCUCUACAGCCACCAGUGCCCACU